CACAGUUACCUCAGGAUGCAGACAAGAGGCGCGUGGCUAGUACUGGCUGGUUGCUUUGCCAGCUGUGUUUCCUCUCAGACCAUCACUGUAGAUGGCGAUGUGAUCGCGGCCGGUGAGUCCAACAUCUCGCCAGCGGCUGAAGUGGUCAACGGGGUCCAGGAUUCACGGGUAACCUUGCCAGAGGAAGAGCUGCAGCUCACCGAUGACAUUUUGGGCAAUCUCACUGGCUUACAGCUCAGCAACGUCUCUGUCUUCUACUUUGGCGAUGAUGAGUCGGAAGACCACUUUACCAAACGAGAACUUGACAACAGGUGGAACGGCAAAUGCAAGACCUUCCCCGGAGAUCUUCUCUUUCCUGGAAAGCCUGUUUGGAAAGUCCUCGACCUACUGACUGGCGGUGCUGUCAUCUCCACUGUCCCACUAGGUGCGGCUUGCUACGAGGGCGAGCACUACGAUGCGAAGAAGUGCGAGUUCCUUUUUAGCAACUGGGCCAACUCCUCCACCCACGUUGUCGAUCCCACCUCGGUCAUGUCGCCCCUGUUCCAGGGCGCGACUUGUCAGCCUCAGGACGCCGAGGCAGGCAGCGUGUGCGAGAUUAGCGGGUUCCCAUUGUACUCCAUCAAGGCUACGAACGUUGCCCACAUUCAGCUCGCUGUGAACAUGGCACGAAAUCUCAACCUCCGCCUUGUCGUCCACAACACUGGCCAUGAUUUCCUCGGUAAGAGCACCGGCGCGGGUGCCUUGUCGAUCUGGACCCACAACAUGAAGAGCAUCCAGGUGUUGAAGGAACACAAGACCAAGAGCUACAAUGGCCCUGCUUUCAAGGUCGGUGCUGGCGUCCAAGUUCGUGAAUUGUACGAAACUGCAGAGAGGAAUGGGUUUACCGCUGUCGGCGGCGAAUGUCGUGAUGUUGGAGUUGCUGGCGGUUACGCUGCCGGUGGUGGCCACUCGCCUCUAAGUCCUCUCGUUGGACUGGCUUCCGACCAGAUCCUUAGCGUGGACAUUGUCACCCCACAGGGGCGCUUCAUUACUGUAGACGAAGAGAACCACGAGGAUCUCUUUUGGGCUAUUCGAGGUGGUGGUGCCGCCACAUGGGGCGUGGUCACCUCCAUGACCUUCAAGGUUGCCACUUCUUCCCUCAACAUCAGCGAGACACAGUUCUGGUCUGCGGUCGAAGCAUACUGGUCACGUUUCCCCGAUUUCUCAGACGCCAAGAGCUAUGAAUACCAUUUUAUCUUCCCUGCAGGACCCGACGCCUACUUGUGGUCCAUGAAUUCCUGGGUCGUGCCCGGCACAAACCUGGCCGACUUCAAGAAGCUCGUUGAACCGCUGCUCCAGGAGUGGGAAUCACUAGGUGUCAACAUCAAGCCCGAGUACUUUGAGCAUGACAGCUUCUAUCCUAUGUGGCGCAGCCAUUUCCCUAGUGAAAACGUCGGUACCGCCGAGGUCCGUACGGGAUCGCGCCUCAUUCCCCGUGGUAACUUUGAGGACAAAGAGCUCUGGAACAAGACCUUCAAAACACUUCGUGGCAUUGCUGAGGACGGCGCCACAUUGAUCAUGUAUAACAUCAACGCGGCAGCCCCCGAGGGCACACCCGCCAGCGCCGUCAAUCCUGCAUGGCGGGACGCGCUCAUGUUUGUCAUUACCGGCUCUAGCUGGGCGCCCGACGCGACUGAGGAAGAGAUAUCCGAAACGAAUCGCCGCGUGACGUACGAGAUCAUGCAGUCGCUUAAGGACAUUACUCCUGGAGGUGGCGGCUACGGCAACGAGGGCGACGUGAUUGAUCCUGACUUUGGUCAAUCAUUCUUUGGCUCCAACUAUAAGAGACUGUACAACCUGAAGAAGAAGAUUGACCCGCUCGGUGUGUUUUACGCACCCACAGCAGUCGAUAGUGAGGAUUGGUACAUUGAGGGACAAGACCAGUAUCUCACCCGUCAAACGGGAAAACUUUGCCAUCGCUGGGUAUUUCUUUGUCCGUCAUAUCCGAAGAAUAUAUACCAGAGACAAGAGAUUUCAUACCUACUACUACGUAUUACCACUUGAGAAUGGAUUGCGGGACGGGAUAUCUUGAGCCAAUGCUGUCAUGGUGAACCAAGCCAGGCCCCCUUUUCCCGCCGUUGCGGGCGCACAGCCACUUCAGGUUGUAUGCAUACAAUACCACCCGAAUAAGAAGGCGUUGCCUUCUCGAUCAGUCGGCGAUAGCACCGGUACAUGCAGCAUAACAGCCGGUGUGAUCGCGGGCCCGGCCCGUGGAGGUCCACACAGCGUCACGGACCACAUUCCUCAUCAACGCGGCUGCGCUUAUCAGGGGCCCACGUCGGCGACUAGGGAGAUGAAUCGUGGGGUACAUGUAAGCAUUGACUAUGUGAGCCAGGCCGAUUGCCGGUCGAGCAAGGGAAG